AUGGCGAAAAGCAAGGACGAUAUCAAGUACGGCACUGCACAGGCGAAGUUAUCGGAAGACGAAACGUUGAGAGUGGCGUACAAAUCCGGCACGCCGUUGGAAGGCGGCAAAAUUGCAGAUUCCGAGCCUGUGGAUCUCUUCUCCGCCGCUCACAAUAUCGCUAAUCAACAAAACAAAGGUAUGAUUGCAGAAUCGGAGCCUGUUGAUCUAUUCUCUGCUGCUCGAGGCGUCUCCGACGCCAACCAAAAGGAUGAAUCCACGGCCAAUCGUCAGCCCUCCGCUAACUAA